AUGAGGUUGGAGGUGGCACUUAGAGAAUCUGAGGAGAAAGCAACAGCUUUGGAAUCAAGUAUUCUCCAAUUGCGUGAGGAGGCAAAGGAAGCUGAGAGGGUGAUCAUAUCUCUGAAUGGGAAGGCGACUGAGACUGUUGAGACUAUUGAUAGAGGUGUAAAUGGCAUACAUGAUGAAGGGAAGGGGUUGAAGUUGCAGUGGCCAGUGGUGGCAGCAGGGUCUACAGGAGCUGUUGUUGCGGCUGCUGCUGUACUCUAUGUGUGCUAUGGGAAACGGAGGUGA